AUGCCACCGCCGGAGGACCCAGUCGAGCGGGCGACGACGCCCGCAUCCAAGCCUCGUUCUGCAGAUGGACCCAAGUCUCCUGAGAAGUCACGUACGGCAACAUCGUCAAGACUAGCUACCAAGACGACUGUACCACCGCCAAAGAAGCCUUCAACAUUGACACGUAGCCCCCCAACUUCGUCAAAGCCAUCCUCGUCAAUACGGAGCCCUCCAUCCGGGUCCAAGCCUUCUACUUCCACUCGAAGCCCUCCAGCUACUUCAGCUCGCGAACGCGCGAAAGCAGCAGCUGCCUCAAGUACUGCUCCUAGCAGACGUCCACCGAUAUCUGCUACUGCAGCGACAUCGUCAAGUGCGAGGAGGACGUCCACCAUCGGAGCAGCACCACGACUUGCAACACAUUCGCGGACCGGGUCAAAGUCAGGACCUACAAAACCAGAGCCAAGGCUGAGAGACGGUGGGACUACGAAGUCGAAAGCCGCUGGAAAUGACAAAAAAGAAGAUACUAUUACUUCGGGAAAAAAGGGCAUUGACGAAGCCGAGGCUCCACUCGAUGACGAGAAAUCUAUAGAAGAUGGCGUCAAAUCACCUUUGCAGGAUGAAGCGCCGAAAGACGUUGAAGGCGCUACUCCGAUUGAAGUAGCGCCGUUGAAGGACGAAGAGAUCCGAAAGCUGCAACAAAAGAUCGAGGAGCUCGAACGGAUCCAAAUGAGCAACGCCGAGAACGAAAAAGAGCUUUUUGAAUCGAAAGAUGAAAUUAUAAAGGACUUGAGACGGACUCUCGAAGAGACGCAGCAGACCCAGAUAUCAGAACUUAGCGAUGCUAAAGCUGCCAAAGAAGAGAAAGACCUAGAGAUACAAAAUCUUCAACAAUCGGCUGCUGCUCUUGAGAGGAAAUUCGAGGCUGAAAAGGAAGCAAAAGAGCAUGAGAUCGCUGAAGCCACUCAGAAGCGCGAACGAACAUUCUCAGAUUCUGCCUCAAGACAUCAGCAAGAGCUUCGGGAUAUGAUUGCAAGGAAUGAAGAUCGGGCAAAGGAGAUACGGAGGAGACAUGUUGAAGAAAUAUCGGAGGUCGAAACGAAGCACAAGCAGCACCUAAACGAGACCGUCUCGAAGUACGACAUGGAGAUGGAGACAAGAUCUGCGGACCACGAACACAAGCUAGCUGAAGAAAGAGCAGCGCGCGACACAGAGCGAGAAGACCUUGUGGCUAAACACAAAAAUGAAAUAGAACAAUUGUCUAGCAAAGAUGAUGAGUCAACAACAAAAGCUGCUGAACGUCACGAAGAUGAAAUGAAGGAAUCGAAAAAAUCGCAUCAGCGCGAGCUUGAAGAGGCAGACUUAAUGCAUGCGAAUCAAUUGAAAAAGGCCAGUGCCCAGCACAAGCAACAAUUAGAGAAUGUUCAAAGUGAACAACGGGAAUUGCACGAGCACGUCUCCAAGUUACAGCAGGAGAUAUUGGACAAACAACUUCGCCACAAAGACGAGCUUGAGAGAACAUAUUCUCAGCACAAGGACGAGAGCGAGAAAACUUCAAUUCAACAUCAGGAAUUGAAAACUGCUCUGAUUAGACGUGAGGAUGAACAACAGAGCUUGGCCAGACAACACGCAGAUGAAAUGACAGCUCUGAAGGAGAAAUUUGAGCAUCAGGACAACGAAGUGCUCUCGAAACUGAAGCAAGAAAUAGCUAACAUGAAAGCGACUCAUGAACAAACUUUUUCAGACAUAACGGCGAGCCACAAGAAUGAAAUCAAUAGUAUUCAUGGUCAGCUUGAAGCCAAAGUUCAGGAAGCGAAGUUCUUAAUGGAAGCUUCAAAGAAGGCUGAAACUGAUCGGAACUCUGCUGAUGUUGAAGCAGCUAAGGAGUAUAAUGAGCAACUCCACGCGUUGAAAGCAGCUGUCGAAAAAGCAGAGAUGGACAAGAAAUCCAUUGAUGCUAAGCUUCUCGAAAAGCACAAACAGGAGUUGGACUCUUUGCGGGCGGACGUAGAAACGGUGGAGACAGAACGGAGCUCCGCUUCUAAGGAACUUGCCGAAAAGCACAAGCAAGAACUCGAGGCUGUGUCCUCAAAACUUGAGAAGGAAGCCGCGAAUUUGCGCGAUGACAAGAACGCCCUUACGGAUCAAUUAGAAAUGCUGCGCGCUGCUUUCGAGGAGGCCAAGAAUGGCCAUGAGAAUGAUAUGAAGAAUUUGACCGGAAGCCAUGAUCGUCAAAUUGACGAGCACACUGCGAAGCACGAGCGAACGAUCAAAGAGAUUACUUUAGAGCAUAGCACAGUGCUGGAGGGGCUCCGUCGAGAACACGAGUCAUCCAACGCGGAAACAGAGCGACUACAGAAAGCCACGAAAGAUCUGGCAGCGCAGCAAGGUGAGGCUAGCGACAAGACCAUUGCAACACAUCAGCAAAGGCUGCAGGACACGAUCAGCAAGCAUGAACAUGAGCUAACACACCUUCGAAAUGAGCAUGAGGUCGCACUUGCUCAACUUUCGCCGCUGAAGGAACAGCUGGAACGCUCAGAAGGCGAGCAGCAAAUGGCUCUAAAGAAUCUUUCCUCGGAAUUCGAGCAAGAACGUGAUAGCUUACGCAAGGCUCGAGAUGAGGCCUUGGCGCAGAAGGCGAAAGGCGAGUCCAACCAGAAGCUUGCUGACAUGGAGAAGCAAGAUUUGGUGAAGAACGCACAGGUGCUGCGCCGCGCUCUUGAUGGCAAACAACGAGAACAGGAAGAGCAUAAAGCAAAGCAAGAUGCCACGGUGAAGGAACUUGAUUUGCUCAAGGACCAAUUGAGAGAUCUGCAGGAAAAUCAGGGUAAUACUUCCGCUGAAAUUAUUUCCCAGCAUCAGCAGGAGCUGAAACAAGUGCAGGAGCAGCACAUGAACGCCGCCAAGGAGAAAGCGAAACUUCAGCAGAACUCGAAGACUCUAUCUCAGGAGCUUGAUGCCGCAAAGCAAGAAAUUAGCUCCUUUAGCAAACGGCUCGGAGCUGCCGAGAAUGAGUACGCCGGUCAGAGACACAAGCUGGUAAAGGAACACGAUAUGAAAGUCCUAGACAUGACCGAACAGCUUGAUAAAGCCGAGACUGAGCGGACUUGGUUCGAAACCAAGUUGAAAGACGUCCAAGAAAAGCACGCGGUCGCGACCAGUACGAAGACAGACUCCCACCAGAGCGCUCUGGCCGAUCUCCGGAAAGAGCGCGACAAAGCCAGAUUCGAAAUCUCCCUUCUUCGAGACAAAGUCAGCGACCUGGAGCAGAAGCAUGUCGAAGCCAAUCAGUCUGCAACGACGCACGACGGGACAGUGGAUCAGCUGCGCAAAGACCAUGACACUGCGAAGAAGGGGCAUGCUACUGCUCAAACCGAGAUUGAUGAGCUAAGGAAGCAACUGGCUGAGCAACGACAGAGCCAGCCGCCGCCGCCAGAUAAUACACAGCUGCAUGCAGACUUAAAGAAGUAUAUGAUGACGCUAAAACGGCAGUAUGGCACUGACAAGGCUGAUUUGGAAGCACUGAAGAAGGAUAUUGAUGCCGAGAGCGAGCGGAAGGAGGAGGAUUGGAAGAAGCAGGAAGAGAUGCGGGCGGUGAUUGCGGCGGAGCUAGAGAAGAUUGUUGGUGAGAGGAAAUGA